AUGUUGCCGCGGUGAUCUGGUUGGUCUCUGCCCUGACGAUCUCCAGCAUUCACAAUGCCCCCGCUCUAAUUUUGGACCCUGACUUUGUUCUGUCCGCUGUGUGGGACUCGGGGCUCAGAUGACACCCUGUGAUCGGGGCGGUGGGGAGUGGGCAGGAGUCUCACUGGAACAGGGGGUCUGCUCCACCAGAACCAGCAGCUCUGGCUGGAGAGGAUAGUCCAGAAUGAGGUCCGUGUUUCUGACCUGCAGCCAGUGAGGAGGUGAAGUUUGUUUCCAAGCAUGGCUCUUCCACUGCUGCUGCUGCUGCUGCUGACGACGACAGCUCACGUCAGUCCUUCACAGUGUGGAUGUGACGACCGGCUCUACCAGAAGAUGAUCAACGACUUCUGCUUCAACCACUUCAAAGAGGAGAUGGGCAGACUGGACUCGGGAAUGUGGUGCAGCUGGCCGGAAACAAUGGAGAUCUAUGAGGGACUGACUAACUGCACCUGCCAGGUGGCCUCGAGGAUGGACUGCUUCUGGCCCAACCAGCUGGUGGACAACUUCUUCAUGAAGAUUCAUAAUACGUACUUCCACCACUGCGCGCUGACCGGCCGGCUCCUCGAUGAGCCAUCAAUCAGCAUCCUCACACCCUUCAUCGGAGUGUCAAUGCUGAUCACCCUGCUCAUGACCACAGUAGUGGUGUGGAGGAGCAAACGCACUGAAGGGAUGCUGUAGAGGUGGUGAAAGAGCUUGAGUUGGUCUCAGGACUUGGAGAUGGACUCAUAGCAUCAUGAGCCACAGUCAGUGAACUUCAUGUACUUUGAGAAGCAGAUGUAUAUCUUAGAAGAUAUCUUAGGAAAUGGUAAACUGUAGUGAAGACAAGAUAAUGUCGCCUUUACAAAAGCGUAUUCAAGUCUUGAGUUUAAACUACGUCUGUAUCGACAACUGAGGAAAUGAGGAUCAGGACUCUUGAAAAUGUUAAACACAAAAGCACAACGAGUUAAGCUUUGAAGAAAACGUGUGGGCUUAUAUUUAUAUUAUUCUCAAAGCUCUUUUGUAUGUUUUUGCGAUUUACAGUCAUAGGCAAAUGUUGGGAUCAGCCACUGAUCUGUGGCUGUUUUUAAAGUGACGAAAGAUUCUUCUUGUGCAGAUUUUUGAAAAGUGUCCAAAUAUUUAUGCGAAGAUCUGCGAGCAAAUUUGACUUUUUGUCACAGCCAAAAGUUCUUGAAAAUCCACAAAAAAACCUUAAUUAUGGUGAUGAGUGCUACUCAUCACCAUGGAUCACACAAAGGUGAUUUAAGGCACAUCUGCUCCUCAUUUAUAGACAUCAGUUGGCUGAUGAGAGUAAGAGUGACUUCAACAUCACUCUUUCACAAGUGAAAAUGGUGAACUGAUAUUAGAUGUCAAUUCUGAUCUAAAAACAAAGUCUGAAUUAAUGUUUAUGCAUAGAUCUAUCAAUAUAUCAAUAAAAACACAACAAAGUAGUAUAAUAUGCAGAAAGAUACAAAGAAAUAACUUUGUAUAUAUACAGAAAAACAACUUAAGACUGCCUCGAGGAGACAUGUGCCUUGGCAACGGUAAAAUAUACAUCGUUUUUGGUCCAGCAUCUGAGUGUGUAGCAUUCGCCAAUAAAAGAUUAACAGGAGAAAAGUGUUUCUCUGUUACUGUUUAAUAAUCAUAAGAACAAGGAAACUGACAGCAAGCAGAAAGGCUCAAACUUCCAUGAGUGAAUGUGACAUGAAUGUGUAUAUGAAAACCAGUUUGUUCAUGUGCAACAAAAUAAACUGAAAAGGAACACAAUAAUAAAAAAACUUCCAGUCACCAGUGAAAUAUGAGAUUAAGUUGAUUUAUGCUGGUCUUGUUAAAGAUUAGCUGCUUUUCUUUCUUUUUAUGUCCAAAUGCGAGUUUGGUUAUUUCUUCUGUAACUAAAUACCCAUUAAAAGUGUGGAGCAAAA